CGCACAUACCAGCAGAUUUAUGUUAAUAAUAAUGGACACCUCACAUUCAACCAGCCUUCAUCACAAUUUGUCCCCUACUCAUUCCCUGCUAGAGGAAGUCAAGAUGUAAUUGCUGGUCUCUGGACAAACCUUGACAACAGUGCGAGAGGUGUAGUUUCAUAUCAUCAGUACACCAGCGGAAAUGUCCUCACACGUGCCACUCAGGAUAUAAACACACAGUUCCCAAAUCUGAACUUCAUUGCUUCUUGGGUCUUAGUUGCAACGUGGAAUAAAGUUGCUUACUUCAACUUAAUCAACACAGAAACAUCGUUUCAAGUGGUUUUAAUUUCAGGUGGUAAUUUUUCAUUUAUUCUGAUGAAUUAUGGUGACAUUGCUGUGACAGGACAUCCAGUGCAGGCUGGUUAUGACACGAUAAACUCCACACACUACUUUGUGAUUCCUGGAUCAAUCAAUGGCAGCUUCAUCUCAAACCUCAGGAACUCCAGUAAUGUUGAUGUUCCCGGUCGAUGGGUCUUCAGGGUGGACGGUGGACUAGGAAACAUGUUUGUAUGGUUAGUGUGA